AUGGACAAGUCGAGCACUCCUGGCACCGGUGGAGGUGACCAGGCCACUUCCGGGGAGCCUCACAACAACCACAGCCAGGGGACACCGCACCCAGCGGACUUCGAGCACUCGAGCAUCACGGCUGCCACAAACCAUGCCGUCCUACCAACGCCCCCGGUGAAGCCUGGCUCUGCAGCCGGCCACGCGGCUCACCGUAGAAGUAGUGAUGCCGCCGUCACGGACGACCACGAGGAGGCCGAGGUGCCCCGAGAGGCACGGCUACUCUGUGACGCCCAGGGCAAGCUGAUCUUCAUUGGCGACUGCGCCCCGCUGUCGUUCUUCCAGACCGUCCGUCAGCUCGUCACCACCCGGGUCGACCAGAAUGCCUUUGCGCCACAGACGAGUCGCUACUCGGUCCUCGAGAACGCAAUCUCCAGGUCAUCGUUUCUGUCAGGUGCAUCGUCGCCUCCGGAGGUCAAGACCGAGGACCUGCCGGCCAUCAUCUCGACAUAUCUGUCCGUCACGUGUGGCAUGGCCGACCUCUUCGUCAGCAAGUCCCGCCUCGUGGAGGACAUGACCAUCUGGUCGUCGAACCACCAGGCAGGCAACCGCAUCGACGACGUCUCGUCCGCCGUGAACUACCUCGUGGUCGCCAUCGGCAUGCAGCAGACCAACGAGGAGACGGCGCAGCUCUACUUCGAGUACGCGCGCGACCAGGCGCUGGCCAACCUGAACGGCAACCUCAGCGUCGACACGGUGCAGGCCUUCAUCCUGGUCACGCUGUACAUGCUGUGCGCGUGCCAGAUCAACGGCGCGUUCCUCUUCUUCGGCAUCGCCGUCCGCGCGGCCUACUCCAUCGGCGUGCACCGCACCGAGGUGAACAGCCGGUUCGGGCCCGAGACGCACAGGCAGCGCGACAGGCUGUGGAAGAGCCUGCGCGUCGUGGACCUGUUCCUCAGCACCUCCAUGGGCCGCCCCCCGAGCACGAGCGACGUCGACUGCACCGUUUCGUACCGCCAGGUCGACGACGACGGGCAGGAGGUGUUUGACAUCCUCAACGCGUCUGUGCAGAUCUUCCUGAUCCUCGAGGGUGUCGUGGUGGAGGUGUACUCGAGGCGGAAAAUCUCCCUGCAGCUGACCGAAGGGAUAUCUCGGCAGCUGAGGGAUUUCUCCGUGAGAUGGCUGCAGCAACUGAAAAGCGUGGUGUCGUCGCCGAACGAGCAGAACUCUGCCGAGGUGAAUGGGGCAUGUCAGGUCCUGGCGUCGUACUACUAUGCUGUGAUGCUGGUUUCGAGGCCAUUCCUGAUGUAUGAGCUAUACAGGCGCUUGUCUCCUGAGCCCUCUUCUGCCUAUGGGAGGGCAGGCUUGAUGUCUGGCAAGUCGAAGCUGGCUGAUGCCUGUAUCGAUGCUGCCAGCUUGAUGGUCGAUCAGAUAUUGGAUCUCGUAGAGAAGGGGCUUGUCUCCGGAAGACGACCGGUGCUUGUAUCGUGGCUCUUCGCAGGCUCACUUGUGCUGGGCGCUGGGCUUCUCGGUGGUUUUGGCCGCAUUCUUGAGAAAUACGCGCGCAUGUCCGUGACGGCGCUGGAUCACUUCGCAAAGAUCGAUGCACACGCAGCGCAGUACUCGAUGAUAUCGAAGUCUCUUCUCACAACAGCGGUGGAAUAUCUCGAGAAGAAGGAAGUCCAAGAACGACUGCAGAGGACCGAAAGCUCCGCCCAGCUCUUUGGGCUCAUCCCACAUGAGCCUAAGGACGGGGACAGCAUGAGCACCAGGAGAUCACCCGAGGUCGCGCGCAAGGUGGCCAGCCCCAUGAGGAUGGGCCACCAGAGAGAAUUAAAUUCGGAACCGACACCGCAAAACCACGCGACACCGCAUUUCGGCAUGGGGAGCGUGGCGUCCCCGUCCUUGUUCAGCGACCUGGACCCAGCGUUCCUGACCAUGUCAAACAGCCUGCCUCGGACCCCGGAUCUGUCCUUACUGAGCGGCGCUUUCGACGGGGACGACUCCUUCGGCGGACUGAACUUGUUCCCACUGCUGGAUACUGGGGGAGGAGGACACAUUGAUCUAGCACACUAUUUAUAG